AUGCGUCGUGACCCCCUUUUGGCGAGCGCUGCGGGUUCCCGUGCCGGUACCAAUUCACAGAGGCUUUUCAACAAGAAGCACAAACGGACCAAAUGGACACCAGACAACCAACAAACACUCUCGACCAAGAAUACCAUGCCUUCCGACAACUACGAGUUGAAGUUCUACUCCCUGGGGGCGCCGAUUCACAAUCACCCGAACUCGACGUACUCCUACCCAGACCGCACCCGCUUCAACGCCGACACGGGCACCUACGUGGCCCACCCGGCGUACUCGAACGAUCUGGCCGCGCGCGAUCGCGAGUCCUGGGGCUACUCCACGGGCCGCGACUUUGCGUACUCCAGCAGCGACUCGAGGCACUGGGAUUCGAAGAACCAUGGGAAAUGA